UAUUAUCCUCCGUGCUGGUCUCUCAGACCCGGGUGAGGCCAUAGCGGACUGCCCUUUCCCAAGAUGUCUUCGAAGAUUGGUUCGAGACGCUGGAUGCUGCAGCUCAUCAUGCAGCUGGGUUCGGUGCUGCUCACGCGCUGCCCCUUUUGGGGUUGCUUCAGCCAGCUCAUGUUGUACGCUGAAAGGGCCGAGGCGCGUCGGAAGCCCGACAUCCCAGUGCCUUACCUGUAUUUCGACAUGGCAGCAGCUGUGUUGUGUGCUAGCUUCAUGUCCUUCGGAGUGAAACGGCGCUGGUUUGCGUUGGGCGCCGCGCUCCAGCUAGCCAUUAGCACCUACGCCGCUUACAUCGGAGGCUACGUCCAUUACGGGGACUGGCUAAAGGUCCGAAUGUACUCGCGCACAGUUGCCAUCAUUGGUGGCUUUCUGGUGCUGGCCAGUGGGGCCGGGGAGCUAUACCGUCGGAAACCCCGAAGCCGUUCUCUGCAGUCCACUGGCCAGGUGUUCCUGGGCAUCUACCUCAUUUGUGUGGCCUACUCGCUGCAGCACAGCAAGGAAGACCGGCUGGCAUACCUGAACCAUCUUCCAGGAGGGGAGCUGAUGGUCCAGAUGUUCUUCGUGCUUUACGGGGUCCUGGCCCUGGCCUUCCUCUCAGGUUACUACGUGACCCUGGCUGCCCAGAUCCUGGCUGUGUUGUUGCCCCCGGUCAUGCUGCUCAUUGAUGGCAAUGUCUCCUAUUGGCACAACACUCGACGUGUCGAGUUCUGGAACCAGAUGAAGUUACUUGGCGAGAGUGUGGGCAUCUUUGGAGCUGCUGUCAUCUUGGCUACUGAUGGCUGAGUUCUGCAGGGAGAGGCUGAUUUGGGCACAGGGGGCCACUGAGGGCCACCUUACCUUCCUCCUUGCUGGCCCAGUUGCUGUUUAUUUAUGCUUCUUGAUUUGUUUGUUUACCUUUUUUUUUUUUUUUAAAUAGUUAAGGUUUGUUCCCCAAGUUUGUGGCUCAGAUCUUGGGAAGAUGGAAGCCCUCGUGCUGUAACCCUCGUAGGGUUGUUGUCUUCUUACUGUUUUAGGGGAGGGCUGAGGCCAGCUGCCUCUCCCCCAUGUGUCCAGGGAGGGCGGAGUCCCUGCGAAAGGAGUAAGGCAGAGGUGGGGUGCAGGUAUUAGGAGUGGGGGACAGAGGAAGAUCUGGAAAUAGCAAAUGUGAAAAUUCCUUUUGGAACCUGGCAGAUGCAGCUAAACAGUGCUUUUCAGACUAGGUGUGUGUAUGUACUCACACAGGUAGGGGGAGCCCUGUAAGGAGGGGCAGAGUGACUGGUGCUACAGAAGUCACAUGGGCUCUUUGGGGGUCUGCUGGGACACAAACAGUCCCAGCUCUCUGACCCCACUGUAGAGUUGAGAGCUGGCCCUGGUGUGCUCUGGGAUGUGCAGGGUGGAACAGACCUGCCGGGAUGCCUGCCACUGCAUCAGUUCUCAGCUCCUUGUUUGGCUGGAUAGGUGGAGCACCCUCCUAAACACCAGACCACACAGUUCUCCAAAAAUAAACAUUUUAUACAUUUU